GCGCAGCCUGUCGACCCGCCGGGGCUCCCCGAGCACGCUUACUGUCGGCCCGCCUCGCGGGGCGCCGGCCACAUCCGGGGCUCGGGGGCCCGCGCGGUUGCCAUGGCAGCGGGGUCGCGGCGGGCGCGCGGGCAGGCCCCGAGGCUGGCGGUCGGCGGAGCCCCAGAACCGGACGGCCGUACUCGCAGCGCCUAGGGGCGAUCGGGCAGCGCCGCCGCCAUGUCCCUGAGCACCGGGGAGCCGGCCUCGGAGAUGGGAGAUGACAGCCUGUCUGCAAUAACCUUCGACUCUGACUCAGAGACGAAAGCGAAAAGGAAAAGUUUCCACAGACCUCCCCCUACAUCACCGAAGUCACCUUAUCACUCUAAGCCACGAAAAGUGGCCUCCUGGAGGUCCCUGAGGACAGCCGGCAGCGCGCCUCUCGGGAGCCAAAUGUCCUUAACCCCCCAGAAGCUGUGGCUGGGAAGCUCAAAGCAAGGUUAUGUUCCUGGGACCCCUGUCUACAGAGAGAUGGAGGGCAUGUAUGACGAGAUCAUUGAGCUGAAGAAGUCAUUACACGUGCACAAAAGCAACAUGGAUCUGAUGAGAACAAAGCUUCGGCGCUUAGAAGAGGAAAACAGCAGAAAGGACCGGCAGAUAGAGCAGCUUUUGGAUCCUUCCCGAGGCCCGGAUUUUGUUCGGACUCUGGCAGAGAAAAGGCCUGAUACUGGCUGGGUGAUCAGUGGGCUGAAGCAGAGGAUUCUCAAGCUGGAGCAGCAGUGCAAGGAGAAGAACCACACCAUCGACAAACUGCAGACUGAUAUGAAGACCACUAACUUGGAGGAGAUGAGGAUCGCCAUGGAGACGUAUUACGAGGAGAUUCAUCGUCUCCAGACGCUCCUGGCAAGUUCUGAAACGACAGGAAAGAAGCCUCCAGUGGAGAAGAACGUCGGCCUUAAAAGGCAGAAAAGAAUGAGCAGCGCCCUCCUGAGCUUGUCCCGGAGCGUCCAGGAGCUCACGGAGGAGAACCAGAGCCUGAAGGAGGACCUGGACCGCGUGCUGAGCGACUCCCCCACUGUCUCCAAGAUAAAGGGCUCGGUGGAGUGGAGCAAGCCCCGGCUGCUUCGGCGGAUCGCAGAGCUGGAAAAAAAAAUAAGUCUGAUGGAAAGCCCCAAAUCACACGCUUCAGAGGUGGUCCUGUCUACCCCGCCGGCUCACUCGGUGUCCAGCUCCACGGUGCACCGGCAGCCGCGCCCCGACCGCCAGGAGGAGAGCGAGCGACUGCGGGGGGUUGUGAAGAGCCUGAAGGGCGAGCGGAAUGCCCUGCACACCCGGCUGCAGGAGCGAGAUCUGGAGGUGAAGCAGCUACUGCAGACAAAGGCUGACUUGGAGAAGGAGCUGGAAAACAUGAAGGAGGGUGAGAAGGAGGGAAGAGAAAGAGAGGAGGCUUUGAGGGAGGAAAUUCAAGCACUUACCAGGAAGUUUCAAGAACUGGAAGAAAGUAAGAAAGGAGGGGAGGAGGACCCCGAGGAGACGAGCCCGGAGACCCGGGAAGCGCCCCGACCCCCCGGUCCCUCCCAGACGGACUCGGAGCUGGACACGAGCGAGGGGGGCUCCUCCCGGCCCCGCUCCGGCUGCUCCGAGGGGAGAAGAGACGCUGCCGCCCGGCUCCUGCAGCGCCGGUGGAAGGGGCACCAGCACUGGAAAAAACAGGCCGUUCUGGACGAGGCUGCCGUGCUGCAGGCGGCUUUCCGGGCGCAUCCGGCACGGGCGAGGCCAUCGUCUAGUGGAGUGUGCAGCCCGGACCCCCCUGCCAUGCCAAGCCCUCCCACCCAGGACUCGCCCGAGCCCCGCGUCCCGAGCCCCGUCGUCCAGGCCGAGGGGGACCCGUGGCAAGAGGAGGCCAUCACCAUCAUCCAGUCUGCUUUCCGGGCACACCUGGCACGGGCCAGGCACAGGACACCAUGGCAUGACCCGUGUUCAGGAAGACGUGGGUGUCGUCAGAAGCCUUGCUGCAGCAACACAUUCUUGUCAGUGGCGCCGUGCCUGCCGGAUCCGCCGGGGCUUGGUCAGGACUGUCCCGGCUGCAACGGCUCAGAACCCUUGCUGCUGGUCCACGAGCUGCCCCUGCAGCGUUUCCCGACAGACCUGCUUGGGCCCCACACAGUGCACCCUCCUCUCCGCCCUUCCCUGCAGCCUCUCCUGGGCAGGAAGACAGCGAGGGGAGCAGCGGGGAGACCGCGGAGGCUCCGGCUCCUGGGGACGGAGCGCCGAGGCCAUGGGGGCCAGGGGCACCGGCAGCCCCGCUGCCCUGCUCUGCGGAGCCCCCUCCCUCGGGGCCGCAGCGCGCCGCGACUCCGCCCGCGGAGGACGUGAACUCCGAUGACUCCGACGAGAUCGUCUUAGCUCCGCCUGUGCCCACGAAGAAAAUCGCCUCCCCGCCCUAGGCCCCUGCGGUCGCCCGGCACGUGGCGAUGCCCCGUCCGGGCGAGGUUAGGUUCAGAGGACAGAAGCACUCAGACCGGAAAGGAACUUAUCUUGUGGGGAGGAGAACAGCACCUACUGACACCUCACCUCCGUCCCCGGUUUUUCUCUUUCGUUUUGCCCGUUUGUUUGUUUGUUGAGGGAACCCCGAAUGCCUCUAUUUUAUCUCUGGGAAGGGGUCGCCUACGUUCUGCAGCCCCGGCUGCAGGCCCGCGUCCCCCCUACCCCCGGUGGUCUUCAUGCCGGACAGACACACCUGCCCGGGCUGCGGGGCAGCAGGGGGCCCGGCCGAGACACGUCCUCUCGGGGCACCUCCGGCCACCUGCGGCCGUGCAGGCGAGGGCUGCUUCAUCGGCGCUGACGCCACUCGGCCACCAGCUCCAGGACAGGCAGCGCGCCUCGGGAGAGCUGAUGCGAGAACUCUCGCUCUCAGCCCGAACGGAGGGCCCUGCGCACCAGGGAGAGCUUAGUCCCGGGCCACCCCUCCGCCUCCGCGUCGCCAGCGGGACCCCCGGCGCCCCGACGGCGCGGCAGCCCUUCCCGUGUUGCACCUCAGGGGCUCCGGCUCAGACUUGUCCUUCUUUCAGAAACUCCUGGGCCCUCCUCACAGCGGUCAGAGGCUCCCGGCUCCAGCACGGGCGAGGCGUGUGGCCAGGAGGAGCUGUGUUGCCCUGUCCCGUGAGAGAGGCGGAGGGAUCUCCCAGCCCCGGCCACCCGGAGUCAGGCGGGGGACCCGCCAGCCCCUUUCACCGCUUAGGUGCCGGUCAUACGGGGGGUUGAAAAAAGUUCAGCCAGGGGGCCAGGCUUGUGUCAUGUUUUCUUUACUCGGCCUGUGAGUUUCCAAGUCCGUUUUUUCUUCUGUUUCCCCCGCUGGACUGAUGGCUAACUCGGGUGAACUCACUGCUGACCUUUGCCUUGUUUCAUCCACUGGGUCCGUUCCUCCUCUGGGUGCCGGCUCAGCUAAAGGCCUGGAGGAGCCAGUCCACCAGUCAGGCACCCAGAGGGUGAUGAAGGCGAUGCCCGCGGCCUGCAGGUCCCCAGGGGGUCAUUCUCCCCCCCCCACCCCAUUCAAAAACGGGCAUUUCUGCAUUACUCCUUGCUUUCAGGAGCCCAGGGCUCUGGGGACCUAUGACGGAUGGGCCACUGUCGGGACGUCCUCGCCUGGUCCUGGAGGAAAAGGCCGUGUGUGCAGCGGGUUGGCCGUCGGCAGAGCUGGGAUGGGCAAGGUCAGCCCCGGGACCUGAGUUUUCCAAGAAAAUGCUCCUGAGAAUUGCAGAUACGUACAUUCGUCUGCCUGUGCUCCUUGGGCCCAGUGAUGUUGAUCUAGUAAAAGUAAGCAGCCUUGAAGACACCUCAGUAAAUGACUUAACUCAAGGCUGUGACCCUCUGACGCCGUGUGGAUCUGUUCCCUGGAGAAUGCCAGGUGCCCAGCGUGCUUGCGGGGCCCACGGCUCGGGGCUGGGGUUCUGGGGCUGCCGGAGCAGCACAGUGCGGGGCGGGACAGGGGCCUGGGGCCUACAGGGCCUGCCUUCUGUUUGCCUGCCUCUCUGCUGCCCCUCUGGACGGGCCCGGCCGCCCUGCAGACAGACCAGAACCCUCGUCCCAGCAAAAAGACCGAUGGCAUUAGGAAAAGGACGGCCACCUAGCUCAGAGCAACCAGCGUGAGAGCUGCAGAGCUUUGCUUCGUUUUUAAGUAAUAAAUACCCUGUGCGGAAAGCCCCGUUCACCUUCAAGAGCUGAAUAGAAUUUAAAUUCCACGAGAAGCCGUCUAAGCCAACUCAAACCCCUGCUGUGGUUUUGGAAGCAAUGUUUGCUCUCGUGUGGCUCAGAAAUUCUGAGCACUGGAGAGUGGACACUCAGACCUGCCCGGGGCCGGCCGGCAGCUGCUCCAGGUGAGGACCUCCCCGAGCUCCCAAGGGCCUGUUAGCAGCUGAUCACGCCGGGUACACAUCCUUUGAAGCGAGAGAACCCACAUCUGGGAGUUGAAAUGUGAAGCCACCAGGUGGCUGCAGGAGCAAGUGGUGGACUCGCUGGUCUUUGACCUCUGUAUUUAGGAACACUCUGACCUACGCGUAAUUUGUACGCAAGUCUCUCGGAAGGCAUAAGCUUUGCCCUCUGUGCUACUCAUCGUUGGCCUUUGUAAAUAAAAGCUGUUUUGCAGGGUC